GGAGCACCGAGUGGAGGGCUCGCUUGCCGGGGCCGCCCGAAAGCGUCUUCAGUGCGGGCGCUGGGGCCGCCAUCUUAGAUGGCGGGAGUAAGACGAGAAAGAGCGUGAGAAGCGAAGGCUUCCCUGCCGCUCUUCUUGGGCCCCGAAGAGGGCCAGCUGGCCGGGCUUUGGGGUGUGUGCCCUGAGGUGCGGAGGCGAGAGCGACGAUGCGAGGGCUGCCCGGGGCCCCGUCCCCUGGGCUGGGGACGCGCCGAAUGUGACCGCCUCCCGCUCCCUCACCCGCCGCGGGGAGGAGGAGCGGAGCAGACGCCACUGCCGGACGACUGGACACAGAGGCGGCCGGGCUCCCUCAGGUUUAAGUAUUGUGUAAGCUGCAUCAAUGGAGCACAUACAGGGGGCCUGGAAGACGAUCAGCAAUGGUUUUGGAUUCAAAGACGCGGUGUUUGAUGGCCCCAGCUGCAUCUCCCCUACAAUAGUUCAGCAGUUUGGCUAUCAGCGUCGGGCAUCAGAUGAUGGCAAACUUACGGACCCUUCUAAGACAAGCAACACUAUCCGUGUUUUUUUGCCAAACAAGCAAAGAACAGUGGUCAAUGUGCGGAAUGGAAUGAGCUUGCAUGACUGCCUUAUGAAAGCUCUCAAGGUGAGGGGCCUGCAACCAGAGUGCUGUGCAGUUUUCAGACUUCUCCACGAACACAAGGGGCAAAGGGAAGACACAGCAGGCAAGCGCCUCAAGAACUGUGUCCCCCUGUCCUGGGGAAUUACAGGGGGUCUUACAGGUGGAACUAGCAGUCCAGGUAAAAAAGCACGUUUAGAUUGGAAUACUGAUGCUGCCUCGUUGAUUGGAGAGGAGCUUCAAGUAGAUUUCCUGGAUCAUGUUCCACUCACAACACACAACUUUGCUCGGAAGACCUUCCUGAAGCUUGCCUUCUGUGACAUCUGUCAGAAGUUCCUGCUAAAUGGGUUUAGAUGUCAGACUUGUGGCUACAAGUUUCACGAGCAUUGUAGCACCAAAGUACCUACUAUGUGUGUGGACUGGAGUAAUAUUAGACAACUCUUGCUGUUCCCAAAUUCCACUGUUGGUGAUAGUGGGGUCCCAGUACUGCCUUCUUUGACAAUGCGUCGGAUGCGAGAGUCUGUUUCCCGGAUGCCUGUUAGUUCCCAGCACAGAUACUCCACACCCCAUGCUUUCACAUUCAACACCUCCAGCCCCUCCUCUGAAGGUUCCCUCUCCCAGAGGCAGAGGUCGACGUCCACACCUAAUGUCCACAUGGUCAGCACCACCUUGCCCGUGGACAGCAGGAUGAUUGAGAAUAACAGCCUGAAUGCCUCUCCCAGGGCGUGGUCCAGACGAUUUUGUUUGAGGGGAAGAGAUGCAAUUCGAAGUCAUGGUGAAUCAGCCUCACCUUCAGCCUUGUCCAGCAGUCCCAACAAUCUGAGCCCAACAGGCUGGUCACAGCCCAAAACCCCUGUGCCGGCACAGAGAGAGCGGGCACCGGGAUCCAGCACCCACGAGAAAAACAAAAUUAGGCCUCGUGGACAGAGAGAUUCAAGCUAUUACUGGGAAAUAGAAGCCAGUGAAGUGAUGCUCUCCACUCGGAUUGGGUCAGGCUCCUUUGGAACUGUUUAUAAGGGCAAGUGGCAUGGAGACGUUGCAGUAAAGAUUCUAAAGGUUGUUGACCCCACACCAGAGCAGUUCCAGGCCUUCAGGAAUGAAGUGGCUGUCCUUCGCAAAACCCGGCAUGUGAACAUCCUACUCUUCAUGGGGUACAUGACAAAGGACAACCUGGCAAUUGUGACCCAGUGGUGCGAGGGCAGCAGCCUCUAUAAACACCUGCACGUCCAGGAGACCAAGUUCCAGAUGUUCCAGUUGAUUGACAUUGCCCGGCAGACCGCUCAGGGAAUGGACUACUUGCAUGCAAAGAACAUCAUCCACAGAGACAUGAAAUCCAACAAUAUAUUUCUCCACGAAGGCCUGACGGUGAAAAUUGGAGACUUCGGUUUGGCAACAGUGAAGUCGCGCUGGAGUGGUUCUCAGCAGGUUGAACAACCCACCGGCUCCAUCUUGUGGAUGGCCCCAGAGGUGAUUCGAAUGCAGGACAAUAACCCGUUCAGCUUCCAGUCCGACGUCUACUCGUACGGCAUCGUGCUGUACGAGCUCAUGACGGGGGAGCUGCCCUACUCCCACAUCAGCAACCGCGAUCAGAUCAUCUUCAUGGUAGGCCGAGGGUACGCCUCCCCAGACCUUAGUAAGCUGUACAAGAACUGCCCCAAAGCAAUGAAGAGGCUGGUAGCCGACUGUGUGAAGAAAGUUAAGGAAGAGAGGCCUCUUUUUCCCCAGAUCCUGUCUUCCAUUGAGCUGCUCCAACACUCUCUACCGAAAAUCAACCGGAGCGCUUCUGAGCCAUCCCUGCACCGGGCGGCCCAUACCGAGGACAUCAAUGCCUGCACGCUGACCACAUCCCCUAGAUUGCCUGUCUUCUAGCUGACUCUGCACCUGCACUCAGGCCACCAGGUGGGAAGGGAAGUGAGCAGGCAUCACCUUUCUGCGGGGACAGAGCUCGUCUUCAGAGAAGCUGCUGCUAAGACCUUCUAGACCACUCACAGGGCCUUAACUUCACGUUGCCUUUUCUACCCCUCUGGCCCUGGGAGGAGGAAGCCAUUCGCAGUGUUGGUUUGUCCUGCUCCCCCGCAACCCCUGUGCUCAUAAGCCGAGCCUCCUUCAGAUGCACCGGGGGCUGCUGAUGGCAGUACAUGAUCUGGGGCCCCAGCUGUUGGCUAACGAGUAUUUUUAGGGCAAGAAAAAGCACUCAGAGGGGAAAUGCAGGUAGCAGGCAAACCAGCCGUGACGUGGGGACACGUGGAUUUUGGAAAUCAGCUCCUAUGAGGAACGCUUAUACAGAAGGACUUCUCUUCAGAGAUACGUGGUGUGGCACCAAACAGGUAGUUUUGCACAUAAUGCACCAAACAGCCCAGGACUGUCGAGACUGUGGCAGCCUGGAGGAGCCUGCUUUGGUACUAUGGACUUGACUUUGGGGACACUUCCUUUUCUUGAAGGUCUCUAGUGCUUUGGGAUAGUUUUCCAGAAGAGGUGCUUGGCCUGCCCCUCCCAGUCUCCGCCCUCUCAGGGAGCAGUCUUCCAUUGUGCUGAAUUUGUCUUCCAGGAGCUGCCCCUAUGGGGCGGGGGCGGGCCCCCCCACCCCCGCCCUGCCAGCCUUGUCCCUACAUCACAUCCUGUAUGCAAGGAAGCCAGGAACACAGGUUUUCUUGGGUUUAAUUUUGUUUUUAUUGCGCCUGACAAAAUACAGUUAUUCAAUUUGUUAUUUUAAUAAAAUAAAUUAAAU